AUGGGCAUGGCUGUCACUGAGCAAAACCGUGUGCCCGGCCGAUGUUCAAGGGAAAACUGCAAAUAUCUUCACCCACCACCACACUUAAAAACGCAGCUGGAGAUAAAUGGACGCAAUAACCUGAUUCAGCAGAAGAACAUGGCCAUGCUGGCCCAGCAGAUGCAGCUUGCCAAUGCCAUGAUGCCUGGUGCCCCCUUGCAGCCUGUGCCGAUGUUUUCCGUUGCACCGAGCUUAGCCACCAAUGCGUCAGCUGCCUUCAACCCCUACCUGGGGCCCGUCUCCCCAGGCCUGGUCCCAGCAGAGAUCCUGCCCACCGCCCCGAUGCUGGUGACAGGGAACCCCGGUGUCCCGGUUCCUGCCGCUGCCGCCGCCGCUGCCCAGAAGCUCAUGAGGACGGGAG